CUUUAACAUAUGACAUAGAUAUACUUAUCACAUUUUUAGUGCAGUGUAGUGUUUAAGUGAGUCAAUAGAGGUUACGAAAAAGAGAUGAUUAGAAUUAGCUUUCCAUUAUCGUUCAUUUUGUUUUUUACAUCAUCAAGAGAACUAACAAUAAACGGAGAGAAGAAGACUUUAUAGUUGGACCCCGAGCACGAUGGAGGAUGCGAGGCUGUGAGGCGGCCUUGGACGGGAAGAGUAGUGGGGCCAGUCGAGAGAGGAGCUGCGGCAUGAGCGGACAGACAGAAGCAUGAUGCUAAGCACGGGCAAGUUACCGUCGCAGCGGUCCACGGAGGCGGUGGUGGGGGCGGCGCACAGCCAACUGCUCGGCAGUACUGCCGCCGCCAGGAUGCGAGCGGGGGGCCGCCUCCUCGUCUACAUCUUCUGCUGCUUCCUCUACCUCGUCUUCGGCGCCCUCGUCUUCUCCUCCAUCGAGUCCCCGCUGGAGCUGAGGCUCAUCACCAAGCUCAAGUACCUCAGGCAGCAGAUUCUUCAGGACCACCCCUGCCUCUCGGAUAGCGCUCUUGAAGAUUUAAUUCAAGAAGUUGUUAAAGCUAGCAAUAGAGGAGUUUCUGCUGCAAAUAAUGUUUCUGGUGAACCAAACUGGAGUUUUGGGCAAUCUCUUUUUUUCUCAAGUACUAUCGUUACAACUAUUGGAUAUGGUAACGUCACUCCGUUGUCUCGAGAGGGUAAGAUGUUCUGCAUAAUUUAUGCAAUGAUUGGAAUACCUCUUACCCUGGUGCUACUUUCUGCCUUAGUGGAUAGACUUAUGGUGUUCUCAACAGCCUUCUUGCAGUACUUAAACAGUCGCUUAGGACAUCUUUAUCAGCCUUUUAAUAUUCGAGUUCUACAUCUCAUGGCAGUUGGAAGUAUCCUAAUAAUCUUCUGCAUUAUGAUACCAGCAUCGAUUUUUGCAGCAAUAGAGCCAGAAUGGGACUUCCUCGACUCUCUUUACUACUGUUUUAUAUCCCUGACGACUGUUGGUUUAGGUGACUAUAUUCCUGGUGAUUUCCCCAACCAGCCCUACAGACCUUUUUAUAAAAUAUUAACAACAGUUUACCUGUUAGUUGGUCUUACCUUCAUGAUGCUUCUUCUGACCAUAUAUUAUGAAAUCCCAGAACUUAACCUCGGUAUUUUGUUCCUAAUGAGGUCCGAUGAACGAACUGGCGAUCCCGAAAAAAUGAGGUUAUCAGCUCCAACAACAACGAAGUACACAGAAGAAGAAAGCAAAGAAACUCCAAGUCCAGAGGACAUAACGCCAGUCCAUGCUAGACCUUAAUGAGGAUUUUUUUUAUUGACUGUUGUUUUUGUUUAUUAAACAAUAAAAAAAUCAAAUAAAAAAAAUCAUUUCAUUAUAUGUAACCAGAGACCUGUAAAUACCAUCUAGUUUUCAAGAUGAUAAUUGUAAUUUUUUUUGUAUAUAAAAAACAUUAAUAAUAAAAAAAUUUAAAAUUGUGAUCCCGCUUUGUCUUUCUUUCUUUUUUUUAAAUUAAAAAUUACUUUAAGUUGGUUAGUUUAGAUCAAAUUAUCCAUGGAGUUUUGUUAACAAUUAAUACUGCUCAAAUUAGUUUUACUGGUUUCAACUAUUGUAUCAGAAAAAAAUAUGUAUUGAUCAACUUAAAAAUUUAUUUUAAUUAGAUUAGGAAAUAUAUUAUACACAACCUAAUUAUUGUUUUAUCUUUUGUAUUAUAACAGUUAUGGAUUUUUAAAUUAUAGUUGCUAAAAAAUGGUAUAUCUUUAAGAAUAUAUUGAUUGAUCUUCAAAAGAUCAGAUAAAUGUAAAUACAGGUUAUCAUGUAGGACAAAGCAUAAUGUGUUUAAAUAUUAAUGCAAUACAUUAAAUACUGAUUGUCAAUUGUUUCUAAUGAUUUGUUUUGAUGUGUCUAAAUUACACUGGGCAAGUUAAUAAGCCACUGGCUGGCAAGACAGUAUAAUAGUUAUGGUGACACCCAAAGCUAUCCAAUGGCAACAUAGAACAUUUGGUAGAAUCAGAAACCAGGAAUCCCUUGGAUGAUUGAAACUAAUUCACUAGCAAUUAUGACAAAAAAAAAGCUAGUUUACUAGCUAACAAGCCCAGAAGCCGGCCAAUGAGUCAAGUAAGAAAUUGCAUUUAACUUUUCCUCCAAAUUGUUAUGAUCUGCUUGCCUAGCAAGUUAGUGAUCAUGAUUAUACUGGCAAGUUUACAAUCAGCUAAUGUGUUCACUGGCUAGUAGUUGUAAACUUGCUCAGUGUAUUUAAACCUUUUAAUUAAAAAUGAUUGUUUUUUUAGUAGAUAGUUAAAACAUCUUUGUUUUUUAAUUUCAUCAUUUUAAAUAUUUUUUUAAUAAUAUUAGAGAAAGACAAAAGUUUUAUAUUUAUUUUUCUCAAGUCAACCCAUGUUAUAAUCGAUAUAAAACAAAUUGUUUAUAUGAUUAAUAAAAUUUAAAUUAUUUUCAUUUGGA